AUGGGAGCUAGUGAGAAAACACCCAUUCCUAAUGGCUGGAGAUUGCCCCCACCUUUUGAGAACUGGCGAGGGGUGGGAUGCCUGGAGACAGGAAGGCUUCUUACUUCAAUGAAGGAAGAGAUGCAAGCACCAGGCUUUCCCUUAGAGGGACUGUCUUCCUUCCCUUCCCAUGGGCUUGCAGCUUUUCCUGCAGGCCUCCUCUUUAAAGAGCUCCCAGUUUGUGAGGGAAGGUCAGAAGGGAUAGGUCUAAGCUUUGCUUCCACCCCAUUUUCCAAAAAUACCCAGCUUGACCCUUGGCAGUCUCUGGCACAGACUGGAACCAUGUUUGUUCUGUUCUCCCCAUGCCCUCUGCUCUGUGGGUACAGCCACAGGACCUUAGAAGGGGAUCCCCUCAGAAGGGAACUGCAAGUCUCUGCUGCGGGUGGCACGGAAGAUGUUGGCAAUUUGUUGGAGAAUCAUUUCUCUGCUGGAGAUGCAAGUCUAGAGGAGAAAGAAAGGGCGCUUUAUGCAGAUGCGGCCCCUGGAGACAAGAACCUGCUCCUUCACUACCCAGACGGCAGGGAGGCUGAGAGCUUGGAGCAGACACCAGCAGGGGCCCCUUCCACUGCCAACGGCCAGGGCUCCGAAUCCGAAGCUAGCCUGUCUAAUACCUCAGCUGCAGAGUCAGCUCCAUCUGGGGAUACCGAAGGGCAUGGGGAGGAAGAGAAGGGCCCCACAGCAGCAGACACCCUUCCUCCAGGAGGGGUGGAGGGGCCAGAAGAAGAAAGGCCAGAGAUUGGUUCCGGAGGGGAACCAGGACAGGAGGGGGCUGCCAGUGUGGGAGCAGAAGUACAAGAGGGGAGUAGUGCGUUCCCUGGGGAAUCCCAGGGACUCUUAGGUGAUAGCCCCGUGGAAGAGGCAGCAGCAGGGACAACAGAGUCCACAGCCACCCAGGUUUCCCUUAGCGUAGAGGGUGAAGAGGUCUAUACAGUGGAGGCAAGGGACAAGGGCAACACAGGGUCUGGUCACCAAUCUGCAGAACUGGAUGGAAUCCAGGACGCCACAGUUGCUGGAGAUGAAUCAGAGGCUGAUAUGGCUGCAGAAGCCAGGGAGGGAGAGGACCAGCCUCAGGGCCACAUCCUACGGUCAGAAGAGGAAGCCUUUGUAGGGCCUGAUCACCAGUCCACUGACCUAGAUGCAGUCUCUGACAACAUGUCUUCUGGAGGAGAGGCAGGAGAAGCUGCAGAUGGAGAAGAAUCAAAAGCUGAGGUGGACACAGAAGCUGGGGAGAAGGCUGAGGACCAAGGGGAGCCUAGACCUAGCCAGGAGGCUGGCUCGGCUAUAGAGGCCAAUGAACAGUCUGGGGACACCCAGAGUUCCAAGGACAGGGAGACAGAGAACUACCCUCCUGAGGUCCAGGUAUCAGGGACACCUGAGGAGGGCCUAGCUGAGGCCUCCUCUGAGGAAGAGGGUGGCGAAGAAGGAGGAAGUGAAGAAGGAGGAGCUCCAUCUAAGGAGGAGUCUGAAGAAGACAGCGGUGAUGGAGCUAGCUCAGAAGAAGAGGGGAACAACUCUGGGGAGGCUGGGGAGCCCCAUGAAGCAGCAGAAACCACAGAACAUGAGGAGGAAGGCAUCCAGCUUGAUGUGGAAGAUUUGGACGCGGGGUCUGAGGGUGGCAAGACCCAGGAUGCAGAGGCGGAGGCUUCCAAAGAAAGACAACAGGGGAGAGGGGAUCCUGUAAUUGCUCACCAGGAAGAGACGGAGGAUGUGAGUGAAGAGGCUCCCAUGAGGGAUCGCUCCCAUAUUGAGAAAACCCUGAUGCUGAAUGAGGACAAGCCAGCUGACGAUUACACAGCGGUACUGCAGCGACUGCGGAAGAUCUACCAUUCAUCCAUCAAGCCCCUGGAGCAGUCUUACAAGUACAAUGAGCUGCGGCAGCAUGAGAUCACAGAUGGAGAGAUCACCUCCAAGCCAAUGGUGCUGUUCCUGGGACCGUGGAGUGUUGGCAAAUCCACCAUGAUAAACUACCUCCUUGGGUUAGAAGAAACUCGCUAUCAGCUUUAUACAGGUGCUGAACCUACCACCUCCGAGUUCACCGUCCUUAUGCAUGGGCCCAAGCUGAAAACCAUUGAGGGCAUCGUCAUGGCUGCUGACAGUGCCCGAUCAUUCUCACCCCUUGAAAAGUUUGGCCAGAAUUUUCUGGAGAAGUUGAUUGGCAUUGAGGUUCCCCACAAACUUCUAGAACGAGUCACUUUUGUAGAUACACCAGGCAUCAUUGAGAACCGCAAACAACAGGAAAGAGGCUACCCCUUCAAUGACGUGUGUCAGUGGUUCAUCGACAGAGCCGACCUCAUCUUUGUUGUCUUUGAUCCCACCAAGCUGGACGUGGGCCUGGAGCUGGAGACGCUCUUCCGCCAGCUGAAGGGACGGGAGUCCCAGAUAAGGAUCAUUCUGAACAAGGCCGACAACCUGGCCACGCAAAUGCUCAUGCGGGUGUACGGAGCUCUCUUCUGGAGCCUGGCCCCUCUCAUCAAUGUCACAGAGCCUCCACGGGUUUACGUCAGCUCCUUCUGGCCACAGGACUAUAAGCCCGACACCCACCGGGAGCUCUUCCUCAAAGAGGAGAUCUCUCUGCUGGAAGACCUGAACCAGGUGAUUGAGAACAGGUUAGAGAACAAGAUUGCGUUCAUUCGCCAGCACGCCAUCCGUGUCCGCAUCCACGCCCUUCUAGUUGACCGCUAUCUACAGACGUACAAGGACAAAAUGACCUUCUUCAGUGAUGGGGAACUGGUUUUUAAGGACAUUGUGGAAGAUCCUGAUAAAUUCUACAUUUUCAAGACCAUCCUGGCAAAGACCAACGUCAGCAAGUUUGACCUUCCCAACCGUGAGGCCUACAAGGACUUCUUUGGCAUCAACCCCAUCUCCAAUUUCAAACUCCUCUCUCAGCAGUGCUCUUACAUGGGGGGUUGCUUCCUGGAGAAGAUUGAACGGGCCAUCACCCAGGAGCUCCCCGGCCUUCUAGGGAGCCUGGGGCUUGGGAAGAACCCAGGUGCUCCUAACUGUGACAAAACAGGUUGCGGCGAGGCCCCAAAGAAUCGCUAUAAGAAGCACUAG